UAGCUCUUUUUCGGUUUCCUAACCUGCUCUCUCUCUUCCCCCUUCCUUCCUAUUUUUUCUUUUACUGUUUCCUUUUUCUCUCUCCUCCUCCUCCCCCCGCCGGUUAACUUCUCCCGGUAACAGCCUCCGUUUUCCGCCGGAAAACUGCUCAUCUGGUCCUGUUCAUUCAUAACCUCCGCUUACCUUGUCAUAUCCUCUAUGACUUUUUCGGAGAGGAACUCGGAUCUCUGAGUCUGACUCGUUACGUGGCUUUCCGCGAGAAUGUGGCGGGUCCAGUUCGUGUUCGAAGCUUUGGUUUGAUUGUCAAUGCUGAAGAUCGUGAUCUAGGGUUUGGUUUUUAGAUUUUGCUUCGGUUUGGCGGUUCUUCUUAUUUUGGAUUCUUCCUAUUUCGAUAAGUUCGAGACAAAAACGGAGGCGUAUAGAGAAGGAUUGCGGAAUGAGAUGGUGGAAGGGAGGGUCUGUUUGUCUAAAGAGGUUAAAAAUGGGUUAGAAUUUCUGAAGCGUAAAAGGCUUCGACGAAUGAAAUCAGGAACUAUCCCUGAGACUGUAGGUAUCACCAACAUGAUGACAAGAAGUGGAGGAGAUGCUUUAAGAGCUUCAGCAUGUGGCAUGAGAUUACAUGGGAAUGUGGAUUCACUUUCACAGUUGAAUGGUGCUUCCUGUGGAAAGGAUGCUUUUUUGAAGCGCAAGGUGGAGAAGUUUGAUACAAGUGAUCUAGAAUGGACUGAGAAAAUUCCUGAGUGUCCUAUAUAUUGCCCCAGCAAAGAAGAGUUUGAAGAUCCUUUUGCUUAUCUGCAGAAGAUAGCUCCAGAAGCUUCAAGAUAUGGAAUUUGCAAGAUUAUUUCCCCUUUGAGUGCAACAGUUCCUGCUGGAGUAGUAUUGAUGAAGGAGAAAGCAGGAUUCAAGUUCACAACGAGGAUACAACCUCUUCGUCUUGCAGAGUGGGAUAGUGAUGAUAAAGUGACAUUUUUCAUGAGCGGAAGAAACUAUUCCUUCCGUGAUUUUGAGAAAAUGGCGAACAAGAUUUUUGCUCGUAGAUAUUGUAGUGCUGGUUGUCUUCCUGCCUCGUACUUGGAAAAAGAAUUUUGGCAUGAAAUUGAAUGUGGCAAGACAGAGACUGUUGAAUACGCAUGCGAUGUUGAUGGCAGUGCCUUCUCAUCUUCACCCAGUGACCCACUUGGAAAUAGCAAGUGGAAUUUAAAGAGACUUUCACGGGUGUCCAAGUCUGUUUUGCGUCUUCUUGAAACAGCAAUUCCGGUACUGAUAUAUUGACGUUUCAUUGGAAUUACUGAACCAAUGCUUUACAUUGGAAUGCUAUUUAGCAUGUUUGCUUGGCACGUGGAAGACCAUUACUUGUACAGUAUUAAUUAUCAUCACUGUGGGGCAUCAAAGACUUGGUAUGGCAUUCCAGGUCAUGCAGCUCUGAAAUUUGAAAAGGUUGUUCGGGAACAUGUAUAUACCAAUGACAUUCUUUCAGCAGAUGGAGAGGAUGGAGCCUUCGAUGUACUUUUAGGGAAAACUACUUUAUUUCCUCCAAAUAUUUUGUUAGAGCAUGAUGUCCCUGUCUACAAAGCUGUGCAGAAGCCUGGGGAGUUUAUAAUUACCUUCCCUAGAGCAUACCAUGCUGGAUUUAGCCAUGGUUUCAACUGCGGUGAGGCUGUGAACUUUGCUAUUGGUGAUUGGUUUCCUUUGGGAGCUAUUGCCAGCUGGCGAUAUGCACACCUCAACAGGACGCCUCUGCUUCCUCAUGAAGAGCUUCUGUGCAAAGAAGCAAUGCUUCUCCAUACAAGCUUAGAACUUGAAGAUUUGGAUUAUUCAUCUUUGGACUUGGCACCUCACCAUUGCAUCAAGAUUUCUUUUGUGAAACUUAUGCGUUUCCUUCAUCGUGCUCGCUGGUACAUGAUGAAAUCAAUGGCAUGCUCCAGUGUUUUUCCAAAUACCUAUGGAACCAUCCUUUGCAGCUUAUGCAAACGCGACUGUUAUGUGGCCUUCAUUAAUUGCAAUUGUUCCUCGCAUCCUGUGUGCCUUCGCCAUGAUGUUGAGUCACUUGAUUUCUCAUGUGGGAGCAGUCACACACUAUUUUUGAGGGAAGACAUAUCAGUAAUGGAAGCUGCAGCUAAGAAGUUUGAGAAGGAAGAGAGGGUAUUAUAUGAAAUUCAGCAGCAAUCUAACACUGAUGAUGACCUGUACGCGUAUCCAUUACCAAAAGUGAUAGGAGGUGAUGUGGAGGAUGGCUAUCAUCCUUAUUGCGAGAUAAAUUUUGAACUGAGCCCUAGGAUUAGUGUGAAAACUCAUUUUCAGUCGCAACAUAGACAACAGUUGGCGUACGAUACUAGAAAUAUAAGAUCUGCAUUGACUGACGUUACUGCUGCUGCAUCAAGUCUUUGUUCUGGUGUAGAUCAAUUUGAUAGCUUAUUCGUGCCCAGUAAUGUACAGGGGCAAGCUAACUUAGGAAAUUCUGAUUCUAAGCUAUCUGAAGAAGUAGCACGUAGCAGUUGUAAAUCUUCUCUGUCCUCUAUGUCUCGUGAUGAAUGUGUAAAUUCCCAUCCGGGAAAUCUUUUUGUAGCACAUGUUAAGCCUAUUGUGGAGCAAGAUAGUGAUGGUUCUGAUUCAGAAAUUUUUCGGGUUAAGCGUCGUUCUUCUUUAAAGGUUGAGAAAAGAACUUCUAAUGAUGCCAUGGGUUCAAAGAACUUUGAACACCAGGGGCUUAAACGUUUGAAGAAAUACCUAUCUGAGGGAAGAUGUGGUGGUCAUGUGAUGUCAUCAGAGUCCCGCAGAGUCAAGGAAUCAAAUCGCAGCUCAUACCCUAUUUCUGAUCAUAAGGAGGCUCUAGAAAGUUCCUUGAAGGACAGGUUUGCCAGAGGAAGUGGCAUUCCCAUUUCUAUCAAAUAUAAGAAAUUGGGGCAUAAGGAGGCAGGCAAUAGACAAAAAGAACAUAGAAAGGAUAGGAUCCAGCAAGACUUAGGAAGGACGAUCAGGCAGCCGCCCCCUCUAGAAAUAGGGCCGAAGCGACUUAAAGUGAGAGGGCCAGCAUAUGUAGAGUCAGAAAGCAGAUGGGGUUAAGUCGUAGAUAGCAGGGAAGAGACUGAUAAGAAAUCUAGUUGGCCUGUCUCCGGAGAAUAUAUCAUCUAGAGCCUGACACUGCUUGCUAACUUUGUUUUCUCUAUUGGGGUUCUAACAACACGGAAACAUCUAAAGAUUUGAUUUACGGGGAGUAGCGGCGGACAUUAACCAAGGUUAGGAUAAAUUUUUAUAUUCUUUGUGCAGGGCCUCGAAUUGGAGGCAGCAGUGCACGGACAGUGAAUUCUUGGGGUUCUCAGGCCGGGUUGUUUUUCUGUCAUUGGCAGGAGAACCUUUUCCUGCAAAUCAGCUGAAAAAGUAGAAAUUUGGUUUAAGUAAGUUUGAUGUAAAUUUGCUUUUGUUUUUACCACUUCAAAUUAAUUCUUGUGGGGAUGGGUGGGUGUGAAUCCCUCGUCCUCCUGAUGAUUUUACAAGGUCUGCUGCUUUCCCUCUUAGGUUCUUCAUUCUUUUUGUAGCAACAAUCAAAUUACGUUGAAUAAAAA